CCGCACUUGGUUUGUGGAACGAGCAAGUGCCAUCGCUCCCUGCCUUCUCUCAACGGCUUGUACGUUGUGUUGGUUGUUACUCUGACUCUGAUAGCGCCUCAAUUUUCGAUGGAAAACUCGGACUCGGGCCUCGAUGGGGCUUCUCCACCCCAGGUGAAAAGAGAGCACUUUUCAUCAUCUGAGGAGGCCCCAACCAAUGGCUCAGGUGGGAUGAAUGGCAUGACCAACGGCCACGGGGGCGAAAAGGAACGUAGUCACAAGUCUGAACACCGGGACAAGGACAAGCACCGCAGCGACAAGCAUAAAGAUAAGCACAGAGAAAAGGACCGGGAUAGAAGCAAACAUUCCAGCAGCAGUAGCAGUAGUAGCAAAGACAAACACCACAGCAGCAGCAGUUCAAAGGAUAAGCACAGGGACAAGGAACGCUCUGAAAAGGAUAAGGAGCGCUCAAAAGAUAAGGAAAAGCACUCGUCUUCCUCCUCUGACAAGCACAGGGACAAAGACAAGGAGCGCUCUGACAAGAGCAAGCAUCAUGAUGGGAAGGACCGGGAUAAGAGCAAGCAUGAGCACAAGAGCAGCUCGUCUAGCAAAGAACACAAGAGCAGCAGCAAGGACAAGGAGAGGAGUAGCAAGGAGAAAGAUAGGGAGCACAAGGAGCGUAGCAAGGACAAGCACAGUUCUGAAAAGAAAAAUAAGGAUCAUGAAAAGGAGCCUAAGCACACUGAAAAGGUUAAAAUCAAGGAGGAGGUCCCGGAACCUGCAGUGUUUAACGAUCCCUUUGAAGACACGCCAAAGAAACCUGUUAAGCCUGUAAAACAGGAAAUGGAGAGCGAAGAUGAGGAUAAACCUCUUCUGCACAAACAAAAGGAUUGGGAAGCGAUGGAGCGUGCCAGCCAGAAGAAACGAAAAGCUGAAAUCGCUGGUGAUGAAUCGGAGGAAGACAUUCCUCUGAUGCAGCGCAAAAAGCCAAAGAAGGAAAAAGAAAAUAAAAAACGCAUUAAGGAAGAGAGUGAAGAGGAGGAAGACUUUAAACCAGCCAAGAAAGCGAAAAAGAAGACUAAGGUUGAGGAUAAGAAACAGGAAAGUCCGACCAAGAGAGGCAAGAAAAAGGAGGAGGAGGAAGGUACCGUGUGGAAGUGGUGGGAGGAAGACAAACCUAGUGAUGGCACCAAGUGGAAUUAUCUGGAGCACAAAGGACCAGUGUUUGCACCAGCGUAUGAGCCUCUGCCAGAUGGCGUCAAGUUCUACUAUAACGGCAAGCAAGUGAGACUGUCAGAACCUGCUGAAGAAGUUGCUGGCUUCUACGCCAAGAUGCUUGAGCACGAGUUCACCACUAAGAAGACUUUCAAUGAGAACUUCUUCAAGGACUGGCGCAAGCAGAUGACUCCUAAGGAAAAGGAACUGAUCACUGACCUUUCAUUGUGCGAUUUCAAGCCCAUGCACGCCUACUUCCAACAGAAAUCUGAGGAGAGAAAGGCCAUGUCAAAAGAGGAAAAACUGAAAAUUAAGCAAGAAAAUGAACAAAUUCAGGCGGAGUAUGGCACAUGCGUCAUAGAUGGUCACAAGGAAAAGAUUGGUAACUACAAGAUAGAACCGCCGGGUUUGUUCAGAGGCCGUGGUGAACAUCCUAAAAUGGGAAAACUCAAGGCCAGAAUUAUGCCUGAGGAUGUGAUAAUCAACUGUUCCAAAGAUGCUCCAAAGCCUGUUCCGCCUCCAGGCCACCGCUGGAAGGAGGUUCGCCACGACAACACUGUGACCUGGCUGUGUUCGUGGACUGAGAAUGUCCAAGGCCAGGGUAAAUAUGUGAUGCUGAACCCAUCAUCCAAGUUGAAGGGCGAGAAGGACAUGCAAAAGUAUGAGACGGCCCGCAAGCUGCACCGCCGAAUUGACAAGAUCCGCGAGGAAUAUCGCCAGGAUUGGAAGCACAAGGAGAUGCGCAUUCGGCAACGCUCAGUCGCGCUUUACUUCAUCGAUAGGCUUGCUUUGAGAGCUGGUAAUGAAAAAGACGAAGAUCAGGCAGACACUGUUGGCUGCUGCUCACUCAGAGUUGAACAUAUCCAGCUGCACGAGGAGAAAGAUGGCAAGCCUUUCGUUGUGGUGUUUGAUUUUCUCGGCAAGGACUCUAUCCGUUAUUACAAUGAGGUGCCAGUUGAAAAAAGGGUGUUCAAAAAUUUGCAGCUAUUCAUGGAGAAUAAGAAUGAAGGCGAUGAUUUAUUCGACCGUCUCAAUACUUCUAUAUUGAACAAGCAUCUAAAUGACCUGAUGGAUGGCCUGACUGCCAAGGUGUUCCGUACUUACAACGCUUCAAUAACCCUCCAGAGGCAACUGGAAGAGUUGACUGUUGAGGGCGCAAACGUUCCGGAAAUGAUGCUAUCGUACAACCGUGCUAACCGUGCUGUGGCUAUACUCUGCAACCAUCAGCGCUCUGUUCCAAAAACGCACGCCAAAUCCAUGGAAAACCUAAAGGCGAAAAUAGACGCUAAGAAACAGGCCGUUGAGGAUGCUGAGGAAGCUCUCAGGGACGCCAAGAAGGAAUACAAGCGCAGCAAGUCUGAGAAGGAUAAAAUUAACUUGGAUAAAAAGAAGAAAGCCUUUGAACGACAACAGCAGCAGCUGGAAAAGCUAGAGCUGCAAGCUACUGACCGUGAGGAAAACAAGGAAAUCGCUUUGGGCACCUCAAAGCUCAAUUAUUUGGAUCCUCGUAUUUCUGUUGCUUGGUGCAAGAAAAACAACGUGCCGAUCGAGAAGGUAUAUAACAAGACGCAGCGUGACAAAUUCCGUUGGGCUAUCGACAUGGCUGGGCCAGAAUUCAUUUUUUAAAAUAUUUACCGCACCGUCUGUAUUUCUCAAUAUAGUGACUAAUAUCGCAUAUAACUUUUCAAAUGCGUCAUAAAUCAGUAGGUUAUUAUUCCAACUCAUCGCAUAAACAAAAAAAUCUUGUUUGAUUGUGUAGUUAGGGAGAGAGGAACAGUUGAUAUUCAACCGAAUUUAUUUGAAUGAAGCGAGCGUACUUUUUCUAAGAUGGCAAUGUCCUUCGUGAAAGAGAGCUUGGUAUCUUUGCGUUUCAAAUAUCAAUUAAUAGAUCAUAGAACUAAUGAACUUAACAAUGAAGCUAUGGUUAGAUGUUAUACGAUCCACUCACUGCUCUGUGUACACAUAGUGGAUGUGAGGCGCCUAGCGCUGAGCCUGGUGGGUUCAGGCUAGGUGCGUGAGAUCUCGCGAUCUGUGAGUCUGUUGUGUAAACUGUUUCUUUUCUUGGCUUGUCGGUGGUGUGCUAUUUUUUAUAUUGAAUAUGUAAUCUUAUACAAGACCAGCCAAAUUUGUUGCACCAAAGAUAUUUCUUGAAUCUUAACGUAAUGGAGGCAAAUUGGCGAUUUGUAUUACUUAUCCAUUUUGGAGCUAUACUGAGUGGAAGGUGUUGCAUCAACGAUCAUUUUAAUAGAAAACCCAGUUUUAAUUUGUUCCCUUCCAUUAAAUUUUAAGCUGCUUGCACAUUUUCUACUGUAAUAUUUCAUCUUGUGAUUUACUUUCAGCUAAGGCUUAAGCUUACAAUGUCUUGCGAUAAGCAUUACACUGCUGAGUUUUAACUGUAUAUGAAUCCUUUUCUGAUUUUUUUUAUAUUAAAAUGAGCAAUAAAUCGAAUUUUGCUUCAAAAUAAAAAAAAA